AUGGAGGCAAGCAUACAACUGAUACAACCCACAAGAGGGGAAAAUUUUAUCUUGGGUGCUUUGAAACUAAGCUACGUUAAUUUAGGCUUAUCAUUAAGGAGAUGUUUUUCCUUUUGUGCAAUUUUCCCUAAAGGUUCUGAAAUUGUCAAGGAAGAACUAAUUCAUCUUUGGAUGGCUAAUGGAUUUAUUAAAUCUGAAGGAAAUUUAGAAGUGGAGAAUGUUGGCAAUAAGGUGUGGAAAAGAUUAUACUGUAGAUCAUUUUUUCAGGAAGUAAAGACUGAUAAGCUUGGAAUCAUUACAAGUUUCAAGAUGCAUGAUCUAUUUCAUGAUCUUGCACAGUCCGUUGUGGGAGAAGAAUGUGUGGUUUAUGAGAAAACAAGAUUGACUGAUUUGUCAAGUAGAGUUCACCAUUUUCACUUGUUCAAAUCUAAUGAGUAUGAGUCAGUCAAUAAAGCUUCCUUAGAUAAAGUUGAAUCCUUGCGAACUUUUCUUGAUGAUUUGUAUUGGUACGAUAGAAAUGUUCCUAUGUUUCCAUUAAACAAUAGUCUCCGAGCAUUAAAGCUAUCUUCUCGUCAGAUGUCACCUCUCGUGGAUUUAACACAUUUGAGGUACUUAUAUCUGCGUCGGAGUCUUGUCACAUGCUUGCCUAGUUCUAUUUGUAGGUUGGAGAAAUUGCAAAUAUUGAAACUAGAAGAAUGUCAGUGCCUUCUUAGGUUGCCCAAAGACCUUACACAAUUACAAGAUCUAAGACAUCUUGUGAUCAAUAGAUGUUACUCAUUACUAGUGACGCCUCCCAAAAUGGGCAAGUUAAGGCAUCUAAGAACAUUGAGCAGUUUCAUUGUGGGUUCAAAGUCGGGAUUUGGGUUGGAAGAGUUACAUAGCUUAAAGUUGGGAGGCAAGUUGCAUAUCAGAGGCCUUGAGAAUGUCCCAAGUGAAGGGGAUGCUAAAGAAGCAAAUUUGAUUAGUAAGAGGGAGCUGAAUCGCUUAUACUUGUCAUGGGGUCGUUUUGAAGGUAGUAAUGUUAAUGCUGAGCAAGUACUGGAAGCCCUUGAACCUCCCUCAACACUUAAAAGUUUUGGGAUGAGUGGAUACAAAGAAAUACAAUUAUCUUGUUGGAUGAGAAACCCUUGGGUUCUGAAAGACUUGGUAGACGUUAUACUGUACAAGUGCGUGAACUGUAAAGAGCUUCCCCCACUUGGUAAGCUAGCACAUUUAAAAAGGCUAUAUGUACAUGGAAUGAAAGAUGUAAAGCACAUAGACAGUGAAUCAUACGAUGGCGUGGAGGAGAAGGCCUUUCCAUCGUUAGAGGAAUUCAUUGUGAGGGAUUUACCAAAUUUGGAGAGGAUAUUGAGAGAUGAAGGAGUAGAGAUGCUCCCUCGUCUUUUGAAAUUAAACAUUGUCGGUGUCUCCAAACUUCAAUUCCCAAGUCUUCCAUCUGUUGAGAAACUUUAUGCUGGUGACAUCGAGAACGAGGGUUCCUUCAUGGAAGGGGUUGUGGGAAAUUUGCCUUGUCUUAAGUCCCUAACCAUUAACUCCUUUAGCAAACUGAAGGUACUACCGAAACAAUUUGGCAGGCUUGGUGCACUACAGGAUUUAUUCAUAUCAGGUUGUAAUGAACUUGAGUCUUUUCCGGAACAUGUGUUGCAAGGUCUAACUUGUCUUCGAAGAUUGGAAGUUUAUAGGUGUAAGAAAUUAAAAUGGUUAUGUGAAGGUUUGGGGCAUUUAGCUUGUCUUGAGGUUUUUUGUGUUUGCUCAUGUCCAGAGGUGGUGGCCCUACCAAGCAACAUGAACCAACUAACUGCUCUUCGGGAAGUGAUGAUUUGCGGUAGAUUAGUAGAGUGCUUACAAGGUAUCCUCUCCCUGCAAAGUUUGAUUAUAUACGAUUGUAGUUCAUUGCCAGAGUGGUUGGGAGAAUUGACUUCUCUUAAGGAAUUAGAAAUAUCUGGAAAUAGGGAGUUGAGGUCACUGCCAAGUAGCAUUGAAAAGCUCACCAACUUGAGUGUAUUAAAAAUUUACAAUGGCACGGAGUUGAGGUCACUACCAAGUAGCAUUCAACGCCUCACCAACUUGAGUCGAUUACGUAUUGCAUCUUGUCCUGAGUUGGAGAAGCGGUGCAACGGGGAAAGAGGGGAAGAUUGGCAAUUCAUAGCUCACAUUCCACAGCUGGAAGUGAUCUCCCACCCGAAAAGAAAGACUUGCACACUUUAUGACAGAAUCCGAUCCCCCUGGACAACCUACAACACCACUGGAAUGCGCUCUGCUAUAGACUAUUGGUUUUGGCAACAUAAUACUCUAACAGGUCAAUUUGACAGGAUUAUUGAGUAA